AUGAAAAGUAACUUAUUAAAUAAUUCUUUUUUCAAUAAUGAUAAGUAUAAAAAUAAGUAUACAAAUUAUAUGAUACCUAAAAAAAAAAUUUAUAAUUUAAUAAUAAGAGGAGCUAUAUCAGUAAUAAGCAUACUAACCAUUUUAAUUUUUGUAAAAUAUAAUAAUAAUAAUAAUAAUAAUACUAUUAAUUUCUCGAUGACAAUUAAUGAAGAUACAAAUGAAUUAUUUAAUUCAUUAGGUUUUCCACUAAACAGUAAAGAAUUAAUUUACAGUAGAUUAGAAAAAUGGGGUUUUAAUUUAUCUGAUAUUGCUGAAGAAGAAAUAAACAAAAAUUAUAAAGAAGAAGAUUUAAAAAAAUAUAAAUAUUCUAAGAAUACUUAUAAAGGAAUCUUAUUUUCUUAUUAUGAAAACGAGAAAAAAAGUGAGAUAGAAAAAAAUAUGCUCUUAUAUAAAUAUUUAGAAAUUUUAGAAAAAAAAGAAAUAAGUACUUUUUAUGAUUUUUUAAAUAAUUUUAUGAUAUUACAAGAUUUAAAUUGUUUACCAGUCAACUACAAAGGUAUAUAUGUAAAUGAUAAACUAUUUGUUCCAAAUCAUUUAAAUCAAGUUAAAAAAACUGAUAUAAAUUUAAGAACUACACUGAUAAAUGAACAGCCUUUUUUAUAUUUAACUCAUCAUGGAGGAAAAAAAAAAAAUUCCAUUCACAAUAUUUGCAAAUUUUCAAGAGAUGGAUAUUUCCUAGGAUCAGUACUCUUACCAUUUGAAGAUGAAGGAAAGAUUUUUAAUUGUAUAAGCAUAAGAGGAUUAUUACUUUAUGAAAAUUACUUGUAUGUUACCGAUUCAUUUAAGAAUAAUUCCAAAAUAUUUCAAUUUUCAGAUAGCUUAAUUGAAUUUUCGAAUAGAAGAGAGUAUAUUUCAACUUUUAUAAAACAUGAUGAAAAAGAAAAUCCUUUAAUGAUUCACCCGUAUGGAAUAAAAAGGAAAGACGAAUACUUUUAUGUCAGUUCACAAAAUACAGGAACCGUUUUGCGAUUUCACAUUAGUAAUGGAAAAUUAGGUGAACCACUUAAAUCAAAAAAAAGUAAUUCAGAUGGGUUAGUUAUAAAAUUACAUAAAAAUGAAGAAAUACGAGGUAUCGAUUUUGAUAACUACGGAAAAUGUUAUGUUGCCAAUAAACAAUCCGGAGUUCAAGUUUACGAUGAAGAUUUUAAUUUAAUAAAAGUUAUUCCAAUUUUAUCUCCUAUUUCUGUUCUUUAUGACAGUAGAAAUAGCCAUAUAAUGGUUGGAAGCUCAAAAUCUCACGAUAUAAAAGAAUAUGAUAUACAUAAUUAUGAACUCAUUAAGACUAUUAAACAUCCAUUAUUGAGACAUGUUGCAGGGAUUAGUAUAUAUGGUGAUUCUAUUUUUGUUGUUUCGCAAAAAAAAAAUAAGCUACUUGAAUUUUCAUUAUCAACUAGUUUAUUAAAAAAUAUCAUUGUAGAUGAUUUAAGUGAUAUAGGAGAACGUGUUAUAACUUCCCCAGCAUAA